UUUUAUCUUAAUAUUAUGAAUAUGAUUAUCCACCUCCAAGCCUAACUCUCCCAAAUCGGACCAGUACUCACUCAUUUUUUUUUUCCUCUUUGCUCAUUUUUGUGGUUCUCCCAAGCUCGUAUCCAUGGCUACUCAAGGUCAAGUAAUCACCUGCAAAGCGGCGGUGGCCUGGGAACCCAACAAGCCCUUGGUGAUCGAAGACGUUCAGGUGGCUCCGCCGCAAGCCGGAGAGGUCCGGAUCAAGAUUCUCUUCACUGCUCUCUGCCACACCGAUGCUUAUACUUGGGGCGGCAAGGAUCCUGAAGGUCUCUUUCCAUGUAUUCUUGGUCAUGAGGCUGCAGGGAUUGUGGAGAGUGUUGGUGAAGGUGUAACUGAAGUUCAGCCUGGAGACCAUGUCAUCCCUUGUUACCAGGCAGAAUGCCGGGAAUGCAAGUUCUGCAAAUCAGGGAAGACAAAUCUAUGUGGCAAGGUCCGUAUGGCCACUGGAGCAGGAGUCAUGAUGAAUGACCGCAAAAGCCGUUUCUCUAUAAAUGGAAAACCGAUAUUUCACUUCAUGGGUACCUCAACAUUUAGUCAGUACACCGUUGUUCACGAUGUUAGUGUUGCAAAGAUUAAUCCACAAGCUCCUUUAGAUAAAGUAUGCCUUCUUGGAUGUGGUGUUCCUACUGGUCUUGGAGCUGUUUGGAACACUGCAAAAGUAGAGCCAGGUUCCAUUGUUGCUAUUUUUGGUCUUGGGACUGUUGGUCUCGCUGUUGCAGAGGGUGCAAAAGCCGCUGGUGCUUCACGAGUAAUUGGCGUAGAUAUCGACAGCAAGAAGUAUGACACAGCGAAGAAUUUUGGAGUUACAGAAUUUGUGAAUCCAAAGGAACACGAUAAACCAAUUCAACAGGUCCUUGUUGAUCUCACAGAUGGAGGUGUUGAUUACAGCUUUGAAUGCAUUGGAAAUGUCUCAGUGAUGCGAGCUGCUUUGGAAUGCUGCCACAAGGGUUGGGGAACAUCGGUUAUUGUGGGUGUAGCAGCAUCUGGGCAGGAGAUAUCAACUCGACCUUUUCAGUUGGUGACUGGCCGUGUCUGGAAGGGAACAGCCUUUGGGGGCUUCAAGAGUCGUUCACAGGUGCCUUGGCUUGUUGAAAAGUACUUGAAAAAGGAAAUCAAGGUUGAUGAGUACAUUACUCACAAUAUGACACUCGGGGAGAUUAACGAGGCGUUUCAUCUGAUGCAUGAAGGAGGAUGCCUCAGGUGUGUGCUUUCACUGGAUUAAUCAAGUGUUUCGCCAGAGGCCUAUUUUGCAAGUCUCUCGAGGCAUCAAGCUCUGUCUUUGCCUUUUCUCUAUAUUCCCCCUUUGUCUUCUUCUUUUUCUCCCUUUAUGAUGAUAAAGUUGAAUAACUUGGGAGAGUGUGUAGUGCUGUGUUUAACUUACCUUCUUUUCCCUCUUGUGGUAAAUCAAGCUAAAAUAACAUCGUAAGUGGACAUUGUGCUGUUAUUUCCUUUGCCUUCUCAUCUGCUCAAAUGAUUAGGGUUAUUGGUGUUGUGAUCUUCA